AUGCCAGAUCGGCAGAUGAUAACUUAUGUUUUAAUGAUUUUAUGCUUUAGAGGGAUAAAUUCGCAGGGUGAAAUCACGCUCAGCAAUCCAGUGGUAAAUAUUGUUGAAACAGCAACUGCGGAUACACAAAUUGGUAACAUACAAACCACAGAGUCAUCAUGUAAAAUCACAAACACUACUCCGAGAAAAGGACCGUUUGAUUUAAGCAAUACUGGAUCGUCGUAUGAUGUUAUAUUCAAAUAUGGCCGAGGAUAUACCAAAUUAGACUAUUCCAAAACACCAACCUACAUCCUCCAUAUUCAAUGUGGAUCGGCGAAAGAGGAUUUGGAAGUUGAUGUUCAUCCCAAUUCCCCUCCUAAGAUAACAGACUGGCCCUCGGUCACUAUUACCAAAUUCAAAGCAAAAGAAACUGCUGAAGAUACUUUCAUCUAUAAAGUACCGGCUAGCGACAUUGAUGGUGAUACAUUAACUUACACUAUGUAUAGUGAUCCAGAUUUAGGAUAUUUUAGCAUUGAUGAAACUACGGGCAAAAUCGUCGCUGCUGUAGAUCUAAACCUAGCCACUGUGGAUGUUAUACCAUUGAAAGUUAAUGUCAGUGAUGGUAAAAAUACUGUUGGUCCCUUUUCAAUUUUUGUCAGGUUGAAAGAUUUGAAUUCUCGCCCAGAGUUCACCAAUCUACCAACUAACGUUAGUAUUAAAGAAGAUGCCGAGGCUGGGGACACAGUAUUACAGUUGUCAAUCAGUGAUGAUGGUCCAACUAAUAAUCUUAAACCAGUUUGUUCGGUUUUUCCAAAUUCUGAAAAUUAUAAGUUCAAUUAUGAACCAUCUACCCAAAAAUUGAAAUUGGCAAAAGUUCCAGAUGGUGAUACGUUACUGGAUUUCGAGACUACCAAAUUUUAUAAUAUAACUUGCAAGAUAAAUGAUGGUUACCUAGAUAAUCAAGGUGACUAUAUCAACCUCUAUGUUGAAAACGUCAAUGAAGAACCAAUUUUUAACCAGGAACUUUACACUUGUAAUCUAUAUGAAUCCAAGGCUGGUGUAUCGACUUGUGAUCUUCCAAUGACCAUAACGGAACCAGAGGACCAGAAAUUUGAUACAAUCCUUCUUCCCGGAAACAACAGUAAACGAUUUACCCUUACUUCAGACACCAACAAGUUGACUUUUCAGACCACUUACGAUGUUGAUGAUAAUGUUAUGCCUGAUCAGGUCAUACUGACCGUCGCCGCUGUUGAUAGCCGUGGGAAGACAGGGACAUCCAAGAUUCAAGUGAACAUUAGAGAUGUUAAUGACAACGCUCCGGAUUUUGGUUCUGUUGAACCAGUGUAUUCCAUUGGUGCUGAUACGUCCUUGGGUGUGCUUGGUAAUGUGGUAGCUGAUGAUAUAGACGACGGUAGUAAUGGAGAAGUCACGUAUAGUCUAACUGGAGGCUCAGCACAAGCUUUAGCUUAUGUAAAUGUACUCAGGAACGGUGAAGUAUGCAUAUUUAUGACCAACUCUAUGCAAAAUGUUCGAUAUUCAAACCAGUAUGAUUAUAGUCUCGCUGGACAAACACAUUAUUUAGAGGUGACAGCUAAGGAUAAAGGUUCACCACAAAAGACAUCGACAACAACAAUAGCUGUCUUAUUCCAAACAACGACCACUACACCCGUACCACCUACAAAUACACCAGUGAUUGUGCUUAAUAAUGGGGGUUCUUCUUCAAAUAGUCAGACAGCAUCCUCGACAAGUUUCCUAGACGAUUCCACUAAUGUUGGUUUACUAGCUGCAUUAUUGAGUUUGCUGGCAUUAGCUGGUCUGGCAGCUCUAUUGUGUUGCUGCUGUCGGGGUUCCAAUUCGUCUUCCUGCUUUUCUGGAGGACAGAGUAAAAGCUUCUGUGAUUGUUUUUCAAGCCGCCCGAGGAUAAGAAAGGUUAAACAGAUCGUAGAAGAACCGGAACCGGAAAUAAUAGAAGAGAAACCUAAACAGGUGGUGGUCGAGGAGUUUGUUGAAGAACCAAGAAUGGUUUCGUACACACCAUCCGUUAUAUCAUAUAAUAAUAGUCCGGAAUACGUCACAGAUGUUGUACCAUACACUGGAUAUGAUCGAGGCUACUAUCGAUAUUGA